GAAGGAAGGAGCGAGGGAGGGACGGGAACAGUUGGAGGAGGAGCAGCGAGCUGGGCUGCGGCGACCUGGGAGGGGAGCGGCCGCCACGAGGCCACGUUUUGUUUUUGCUAUUUUCCAUCGGAAUAGUUCUCGCAGGCCUUCCCCGAGGACUGACUGCGCCGAAGCCCGGCGGCCCCGACCUUCCAGGUGACAGCCGGUCACCCUGGUAGGAGUCAGCUCCUCCCCAAGUCACCCCCUCCCGCCCACAGCCCAUUCCCCGCCCUGCCUCCCAACGCCCGCCCGUGGCGAGCGCCGCGGCCGCAGCGGUCCUGCAGCGCCUGAGCGGGCGGCCCUCGGCGUUGUGCUCUGACCCGCGGAGCCGCGGCCUUGGAAGGGGGAAGCCCGGCCUCAGGCGCGAGCCGGAGAAAGGGGGAAGACGAUUUAACCCGCCCUCUACUCCCAGUCCGGCUACCGGGCGCUCCCCCCGUGCCCGCUGCCCGAGUCUCCGCGCCGCUCCCGGAGAAGUGCCGCAUGGGGCAGGGCCGCUGAAGCGCGGAGUUCGGGGUCGCGCCGAGGACGGCGCAGGGGUUCCGCGCGGCAGUUGGCACAGUUUCCGCGGCGCCUUCAACGCAGGAGCUGGGGGCGCGGCGCGCCUACCCCGCCGCCUCCGUGCCCUGGUGAGGCGCGAGUUAUGGAGCCCCCCAGCUGCAUUCAGGAUGAGCCGUUCCCGCACCCCCUGGAGCCCGAGCAGAGUGCCUCUGCGCAGCAGGGCCCAGGGAAGCCGGGCGACAAGCGGUUCCGGCUGUGGUACGUGGGGAGCUCGUGCCUGGACCGCAGGACCACGCUGCCCAUGCUACCCUGGCUCAUGGCCGAGAUCCGCCGGCGCAGCCAGAAGCCCGAGGCAGGCGGCUGCGGGGCGCCGGCGGCCCGUGAGGUGCUCCUGGUGCUCAGCGCGCCCGUCCUGCGCUGCGUCCCCGCGCCCGGCGCCGGGACUGCUGGGGGCUUUGGCCCCGGAGCCGCGCAGCCCAACCCGGCCGUGUUCAUCUUUGAGCACAAGGCUCAGCACAUCUCGCGCUUCAUCCACAACAGCCACGACCUCACCUACUUUGCCUACCUGAUCAAGGCUCAGCCCGACGACCCCGAGUCGCAGAUGGCCUGCCACGUUUUCCGCGCCACAGACCCCAAUCAGGUUCCCGAUGUUAUCAGCAGCAUAAGGCAGUUAUCGAAAGCUGCCAUGAAGGAAGAUGCCAAGCCUGGCAAAGACAACGAGGACGCCUUUUACAACUCUCAGAAGUUCGAAGUCUUGUACUGCGGCAAGGUGACCGUGACCCACAAGAAGGCGCCGUCCAGCCUCAUCGACGACUGCAUCGAGCAGUUCAGCCUGCACGAGCAGCAGCGCCUGAAGGCCCAGGGCGAGGAGCCGGCGCUGUCGGAGGAGGCCAGUGCGCCCCCGUCCCCUGCAGACGUUCUGGCCGAGGAAGAGGAUGGCGCCACCGACACCCACGCCGCCUUAUCCCCCACGCCCAGCCAGCCUGGGCCGUCCAGCUCUCGAGUCUGCUUCCCCGAGCGGAUUUUGGAAGAUUCCGGCUUUGAUGAACAGCAGGAGUUCCGGUCUCGGUGCAGCAGCGUCACCGGCGUCCUGCAAAGGAAAGUUCACGAGAACAGCCAGAAACCACAGCCGCGGAGGCGGCACGCCAGCGCUCCCAGCCACGUCCAGCCGUCCGACUCGGAGAAGAACAGAACCAUGCUGUUCCAGGUCGGGCGGUUUGAGAUUAACCUUAUCAGUCCAGACACUAAAUCAGUUGUGCUAGAGAAGAAUUUUAAAGAUAUCUCUUCUUGUUCCCAGGGUAUAAAGCAUGUCGAUCACUUUGGCUUUAUCUGCCGGGAGUCGCCGGAGCCUGGGCUGAGCCAGUAUAUCUGUUACGUGUUCCAGUGUGCCAGUGAAUCUCUGGUUGAUGAGGUAAUGCUGACUCUGAAACAGGCCUUCAGUACGGCCGCUGCCCUGCAGAGCGCCAAGACCCAGAUUAAGCUGUGUGAGGCCUGCCCUAUGCACUCUUUGCAUAAGCUCUGUGAAAGGAUCGAAGGUCUCUACCCGCCAAGAGCCAAGCUGGUGAUACAAAGGCAUCUGUCAUCACUGACAGAUAAUGAGCAAGCUGACAUCUUUGAACGAGUUCAGAAAAUGAAGCCAAUCAAUGACCAGGAGGAAAAUGAACUUGUGAUUUUGCAUCUGAGGCAGCUGUGUGAAGCCAAGCAGAGGACACACAUUCACAUCGGGGAAGGCCCAUCGACUAUUUCAAAUAGUACAAUCCCGGAAAAUACAACAAGCAGUGGAAGGUUCAAACUUGACAUUCUGAAAAAUAAAGCUAAGAGAUCCUUAACUAGCUCCCUGGAAAAUAUCUUCUCAAGGGGAGCGAACAGAAUGAGAGGUCGGCUUGGAAGUGUGGACAGCUUUGAACGGUCUAACAGUCUUGCUUCAGAGAAGGACUACUCACCAGGAGACUCUCCGCCGGGGACCCCACCGGCUUCCCCACUGUCUUCAGCUUGGCACACGUUCCCUGAAGAGGACUCCGACUCCCCGCAGUUUCGAAGACGGGCUCACACAUUCAGCCACCCACCUUCAAGCACAAAGAGAAAGCUGAACCUGCAGGAUGGGAAGGCUCACGGGGUCCGCUCCCCUCUUCUGAGACAGAGCUCCAGUGAGCAGUGCAGCACUGUUCCUUCAGUUCGGCGCAUGCACAAGGACAGUAAUUCUUCCUCCAGUCUUCCAAGUCUUCACACUUCCUUCUCUGUCCCUUCCUUCACUGCCCCCUCUUUCCUGAAAAGCUUUUAUCAGAAUUCAGGUAGACUGUCCCCACAGUAUGAAAAUGAAAUCAGACAGGACACUGCUUCAGAAUCAAGUGAUGGAGAGGGGAGAAAAAGGACCUCGUCUACCUGCAGCAAUGAGUCCCUAAACGUUGGAGGAACCCCUGUGACUCCUCGCCGAAUUUCCUGGCGACAGCGCAUCUUCCUCAGGGUUGCCUCUCCCAUGAACAAAUCUCCCUCAGCAAUGCAGCAGCAAGAUGGGCUGGACAGGAGCGAGCUGCUGCCACUGUCCCCUCUGGCUCCAACCAUGGAGGAGGACCCGCUGGUGAUAUUUAUGUCUGGGGAGGAGGACCUAGAAAAAGUUGAAGAAAGAAACAAGUCGGAGGAACUGAGGAGUUUGUGGAGAAAGGCUAUACACCAACAAAUCCUGUUGCUUCGAAUGGAGAAAGAAAACCAGAAACUUGAAGCAAGCAGAGACGAACUCCAGUCCAGAAAAGUUAAAUUGGAUUAUGAAGAAGUUGGUGUCUGUCAGAAGGAUGUCUUAAUCACCUGGGAUAAGAAGUUAUUAAACUGCAGAGCCAAGAUCAGAUGCGAUAUGGAAGAUAUUCAUACUUCUCUUAGAGAAGGUGUUCCUAAAAGUCGACGAGGAGAAAUCUGGCAGUUCCUAGCUUUACAGUACCGUCUCCGACACAGAUUGCCAAAUAAACAGCAACCCCCUGAUGUUUCCUAUAAAGAGCUUUUAAAGCAGCUCACCGCUCAGCAGCACGCUAUUCUCGUGGAUUUAGGGAGGACUUUUCCUACUCAUCCUUACUUUUCAGCACAGCUUGGGGCAGGGCAGCUGUCCCUCUUUAACCUCUUGAAAGCCUACUCGUUAUUGGACAAAGAAGUGGGUUACUGUCAAGGGAUCAGCUUUGUGGCCGGAGUCCUGCUCCUACACAUGAGUGAAGAGCAAGCCUUUGAAAUGCUGAAAUUCCUCAUGUAUGACCUAGGCUUCCGCAAGCAGUACAGACCCGACAUGAUGUCACUACAGAUUCAGAUGUACCAGCUGUCCAGGCUCCUUCAUGACUACCACAGAGAUCUCUACAAUCAUCUGGAAGAAAAUGAAAUCAGCCCCAGUCUCUAUGCUGCCCCCUGGUUCCUCACAUUGUUUGCCUCUCAGUUUCCACUAGGAUUUGUAGCCAGAGUUUUUGAUAUUAUUUUUCUCCAGGGAACCGAAGUUAUAUUUAAGGUUGCCCUCAGCCUGCUGAGCAACCAAGAAUCACUCAUAAUGGAAUGUGAAAACUUUGAAAAUAUUGUCGAAUUCCUUAAAAACACGCUACCUAAUAUGAAUACAUCUGAAAUGGAAAAAAUUAUCACCCAGGUUUUUGAGAUGGAUAUUUCUAAACAGUUACACGCCUAUGAGGUGGAGUAUCACGUGCUGCAGGAUGAGCUCCAGGAAUCUUCAUAUGAGGAUAGUGAGCCUCUGGAGAAGUUGGAGAGGGCCAAUAGCCAGCUGAAAAGACAAAACAUGGACCUCCUAGAAAAAUUACAGAUAGCCCAUGCUAAAAUCCAGACCUUGGAAUCCAACCUGGAAAAUCUUUUAACCAGAGAGACCAAAAUGAAGUCUUUGAUCCGGACCCUGGAACAGGAGAAAACAGCUUAUCAAAAGGCAGUGGAGCAGAUCCGGAGGCUGCUGCCAGCAGAUGCUCUGGCCAAUUGUGAACCACUGCUGAGAGACUUAAACUGCAACCCUAACAACAAAGCCAAGACAGGAAACAAGCCAUAAUGGAAGAUGUACCAUCCCAGCAGGAAGUGCUCUGAGGGUGCUUCAGAUGGGAGGAGCCUGCAUGCUGCUGGUCCAGCGAUGGACACCGGAGCCGGCAGAACCACUGAGUUGGUUCUCAGCCCCGUCAGAGCUGGGGGCCCUUGCUCUCCUUAGAGCAUGCCAGUUCUUAGCCAUUGUACAUAUGUAGACUGGCUUUUUUUUUUUUUUUUUUUUUUUUGCUGUCCUUGUUGGCUAUGUACAUAUAUAUAAAAGUGGAUAGAAAGAGUUCAUGCUUUCAGAUAAAAGGAGUAAGUGUAUAUUUAGAGCAAUUUUUUUAAUCAAAAACUUCAUGAAAUCCACACCAAAGGGAAUUUAAAGUGAAUUUCCCCUUGGACACAUGUGAAAUCAUUUUGUCUUUGUAGUGAAACAAAGCUAGAACAUCUUUGUAUAUUGAAAUAUACUUGAAAAAAAUGAAUGUAUUUUUUUCUCCAAAGAACAGCAUGUUUCACUCAGUGGUGGGGAGGUGGAAACAUUUGUGUAGCUUUAUGUGUAUCUGUCUUAAAAUCUACUGACAUUAUAUAUUUGAGGAAGAUGACUGCCAGUCAAGCUCCAGGGUUUUUCAGGAAAGCAGGGGCCUUUCCCCUGCUGCCUGCUUUGUGCCAACUAGCAUGUUGCAUCUACAUGCAUUUUGAGUCUGGACAGGCAUUACUUUAGGUGUGUGUAAGAAGGCAAGACAUUGUGGCAGAGUCUGCCCACCCAGCUCGAGAGAAUGUUACUAAUUUUCUAGCAAAUUUUACCAGCAGGGUUACUUAACUAAAAAUAUCAGUCCUAAAAAAUAUAAUUUAGGACCUAAAUUGUCUAGAUCAACUUUUUACCUUUUCAUUUAAAUUACUCCUACAGUUGUGAAUGAACACCCCUUGACUUGGUGACAAGGAUUUGCCAUUUGCUAUCAAAAUGUGGGAGCUCUUACUGUAGUUCUCUCUACCUUAAAUGAUGGAUAAGGAAAUACAAUUAUGAUUGGUUUUUGAAAGAUGAUGUACUGUGUUGAGUUUUUUUUUUUUGCCAAUUGACAGGUCUGAUAAGCUCAUAAUCAUCUUCCCCUCCCAUGUGACAAUUCCUGAGAACUGUGGAAUGUUUAUAAUGAACUGUUGAAGUUCACUGGAAGGGAAGGGGAAAGCCCUUCUAAAGCCUACAAUUCUGCCUAUGAACCCCCAACUUUCUCAGCCUGCAGAUAGAUUAUUAGAGGACAUCAUGCAUGCUGGGUGUAUGGAAGGCAGGAAAUUUUUAAAGAACACAAGGAAUUUCUCCAUGUCAGAGAUGAUGGUAUGAUAGUGCCUUGGAAAGUCAAUGCAGCGUUUUUGCCUUUCCAAACAAUAGUUCUCAUCACUGCUUUUUUGCAGGACUCAUGUUAUCGCAGAUGGAUUAUCUGGGAUACUUUUCUUCAAAGGGAGUUUGUUAUACACAAGCUACAAUGUUUUAUGAUACAGUAGAGGAAUAAAGCUCUGAAGGUUUCCGAAAACCUUGAUUAGCAGAUGAGAAACAUCUGAAACCCCCCUACAUCAUCAGUGUAAUUGUAAUGACUCGUUACCAAUCAUCAUGCCCUCGAAUCCAGGCAGUUUGUCAAAAGAAAACAAUGUCUUACUAGUAAAGUUCAUGUAAUUUCUAGGUUCUAGAAAAUGCUGAUUCUAAUUACCCCGCUCAGUUGGGGCUACCAACUGUUUUGUUGCUGGAAUUUCCCCCCAAUUUCUUUUUUUUGUAGGGGAGGUUUCUUUUUUUAUGAGGAAUAUGGCAAAUAUUAUCUGGUUACUGCCUGGUGAUGAAAAUUACCUGUGUGUCAUACACAGGUGGUAGCUAGGGACUCUUCAAGUUGGGAAAAGAAAUGUUUCCUUUCAGUUGUACGGUUUAAAGUAAAUUUUAUUCUGGAUGUUCAAAGUCAAUGUUAUGAAUUGUACUAUGGUGUUCAGAGCUUAAGUAGUGUUGGAUACAGUGUUUCUUUUGAAAAUGAUUUUUCUUUUUCUUUUGUGAUCUUUUAAAUGUUGCACCAAUUAUGCUUCAUAUAUUGUUAUAUCUUCAUCAGAUUAAUGUAAUGUCUAUUUCAUUUCCAGUAAAUACAUUGCUACAA